CAGAACCGCCCGGACGUCCAGUCGAUCUUUAACGUAGAUUAUUACUCUGCAUUGACUUGCCUCUCCACAUCACACAUCAUGCCACCGCGAGCCUCUACAAAUCCUGCGCCAAAGACGGAAUCCGCCCGGUCCGCCUUGAGCUCCUUCACCUGCACCCUCUGCAACAAAUCCUACUCGCGCCACCCAGAAUACGAAGCCCACAUCUCCUCCUACGACCACCAACACCGCAAACGCCUCCAAGACCUAAAACAGCUCUCGCGGGACCCCAACGCCGCCGAAAAAGCGCGACGCGCCGAGCGCAGAGCAGAUGCCGAAGCUGGACUGAAGGUUCUCGAUGCGCCUGGCGGAAAUGCUUCGGUGAAGGGUGUAAAGAGCGGGGGAGGAGGAGGCGGGGGUGGUGGUGGUGGUGGUUUUAAGAAAGGAGGGUUUAAGAGUUCGUUUUCUACGGUGAAAGGGCCUGUGGCACCGGUGAGAAAGAACGUCCUUGGUGAUGACGAGGAGGAAGAUGACGAUAGAGGUGGAGGAGAGGUUGGGUUAGGAGGGGGGAAGGAGAAGGCUGGUGGAGGAGGGAGUCUGGGAGAGCGUGGGGAGGAGGUUCGUCAGGAUGCGGAGAGUGACACUGAUGAAGAGUAUUCUCGAGAUCGAGAAGGGGGAGGGUAUUAUGAUCCUCGAAGCCCGACGGGUUGUGAUGCUGGAUGUGCGGGACGGACGGAGGUCAAGGCAGCUUCGUGAUACCCUAAGAGACUGGUCCUAGACAUCCUCGCCAGUUUGUAUGAUUAUUGGUCUGGCGUUCAAGCGAGGCACACGGCGUUUAUAUUACCGGGUUGAUCAACUACAUACUUCACCAUCCUUACGACAAAGAUAC